CUACAACCUACAAGACAUCGAUCGCGAGUCUUGCGUCAGCACUGUUUGUUUCGCGUUCUUAUACUCCGGAAGGAAGAUUAGGAAUCCGCGUGUAUCGUGGCGCAGGACGCUGUGCCAUAAGCUCUACAAUCCCACCAGAAUUUGUUUUUCUUACAACCCAACACUCGCUCAACACAGUUGCGGUCUUCAUUCAUCGACUUUUACUACUAGGGCCAUACUUACGAGAAAAGAAACCUUCAAACUAUGGACGUUGGUAUCGUCGGGGCUGGUAUCGCCGGUCUCGCUGCCGCCAUCGGCCUACGCCGGGCAGGUCACAAUGUCGAGAUCUUCGAGAAGAGCAACUUCAAACGGGAAAUCGGCGCAGCUAUUCUUCUCACACCGAACGGGAACCGUGUGAUCCGACGGUGGGGCUUUGACUUCCACAAAGCGCGUCCGGUGGACUUUAAGCAGUUUCGCUUCGUGAGAGUAGAAACACUUCAAAUUGCGCUGCGAACGAGUUUCGAGGACGUGGAAGAGAGGUUCGGGGAGCGCAUGUGCGCUUAUCAUCGGGUGGACCUGCAUUCAGGGUUGAGAGAAGUGGCAGAGAAGGUUGGCGUGAAGAUCAGGCUCGGUGCCGAGGUUGUAGAAGUUUGGCCAGAGGAAGGGGAGGUGGAGCUUCGAGGUGGGGAGAAGGUGAAGAAGGAUUUUUGGGUGUUGGCGGAUGGAUGUCAUACCGGGUUCGUCUCCAAGAUUGCACAGGAACACAUUCCCUCGGUCAAGAUCGGGAAGAGCGUGUACAGAUGGCUCGCCCCCUUCGAUAAGGUGAUCGAGCACCCCGGUGCCGCUAUACUGUGGAACAACGAAGGCGCGGGCUUCUGCACCUUUUUCAAUGAAAAGGGCGUCACAAUGGUGACAUACCCCUGCCGAGGAGGCGAGCUUCUCAACUGUGCCGUCUUCCACGACACGCGGCCCGAAGAGCGCGACAAGGAGGACUGGGAUAGCGAUACCACGCAUGAGAAAGUGUUGGAGGCUAUGGAGGGGUUUCACGAGGCGGUGAGGAAUAUACCUAUGACGGCGGAUCAGAUGAAGGUGUACACGGUUACGCAGCGACCGCCUUCCACGAGAAUCUACCGAGGCAAGAUGCUCUGCAUAGGCGAUGCAACGCACCACAUGCUGCCCACGCACGCGCAAGGCGCCUGCUCCGCGCUCGAAGAUGCCGGCGCCCUAGAAAUCCUCUUCGCCGCGUCCAACUUCACCUAUUCCCCCGCCAAUCUCGAGAAGCGCUUGAAUCUCUACCAGCAGCUCCGCCUCCCCCGCUCCGCAACCACGCAGAUCCUGUCCUCGACCAACCCGCGCUUCACCAUGGAAGGCCUGGCCAAGAAAACAGACGAGAUUCGCAAGUUCUAUCAGGGCGAGUUGGUGGACUGGCCCAUGGGUGUGACGAGCUGGAGCGAGCCGAUUAGAGAUUUCUUCUAUGGGUAUGAUGUUUUUAAGGAGGCGGAGAAGGCAAUGGAGUAUGCCGAGGUGGGAGCGUUGCCACAGGGGUGGAAGUGGUUUGGGGAUGUGAAGGAACGGGGGAGGAUGGAGUGGGCGAUGAAAACGUAGGUUUGUAGAGGGGAUAGAGCGACGCGUUGUUCCUGAU